GCCGGAAGUGCCCUGCAGUGUAUGGCACGCGUGGGCUGUUGCUGUACGCGUGCAUGCCGACUGAAUGGUGCUGAAUCUGCUGAUCAGCGGGAGUACGGGCUAGAAGAAGGACAUGGCGGCCGUGCAGUUUAAGAGCAAUUACGCUGUGGAGAAAAAACUUGAACCGUUCUAUAAAGGAGGAAAAGUUCAGCUCAAUAAGGAUGGGACGCAUCUGCUGUGUAUAUGCGGUAAUAAGCUGAAUGUCCUGGAGAUCGCCACCGGAGCCAUCGCUCGCUCUAUAGAACAGGAUGAUCAGGAGGACAUCACGUGUUUUGUACUCAGCCCCGAUGAUGAGGUCCUGGUAACGAGCAGCCGCGCUUUGCUACUAAAGCAAUGGCAGUGGCCGGGGGGCACGUGUACGCGGACCUGGAAGGCCAUCCACACCGCACCAGUCUCCGGCAUGGCCUUCGACUCUACCUCUACCUUACUGGCUACAGGCGGAUGUGACAGCACCAUCAAGAUCUGGGAUGUGCUCAAGCAGUACUGUACCCAUAACCUGAAGGGCUCCUCUGGCGUGGUCCAUCUGGUGCAGUUCCAUCCUGACAUGUCCCGUCUGCAGCUCUUCUCCUCCUCCAUGGAUUAUAAGAUCCGGAUCUGGGAUCUGAAAUCCAGCAAGUGUCUGUGUACCUUGGAGACUCACUACAGCGCCGUCACCUCCUUGUGCUUCUCCCCUGAUGGAAACACCAUGAUAAGCUCGGGCCGGGAUAAGAUCUGCACAGUGUGGGAUCUGGAGACCAAGGCUGCCAAGAGGACGGUUCCAGUGUAUGAGAGUGUAGAAGUUGUGCUGUUUCUCCCCAACUCCCCCGAUCUGAUCGGCAGAGACCAGGACAUGAAGUCUCUUCUCUUCAUUACAGCUGGCAGCAAAGGUAUACUUCGGGUAUGGGAUGCAGCCACGUCACGGUGUGUAUAUACACAGAACUUGCCUCACACCAGCCAGCAAGCCUCGGAAAAGGAGGGGGAUGGGCACAGCCUGACGCACUGCCUGCUUCUUCCUAAUGAAGAGGAGAUUGUCACCGUGAAUGCAGAACACAGCAUUAUCAUAUACGAUCUUCACAAGCUGGAGCUGAAGAAACAGUUUGUAGGAUAUAACGACGAGGUUCUGGAUGUGAAGUUCUUGGGUCCUUCAGAUUCCCAUAUUGUCCUAGCUACAAACAGUCCCCAACUGAAGGUCUUUGAGCUGGCGACAUCGAACUGUCAGAUCCUGUACGGCCACAGCGAGACGGUUCUCGCCAUUGAUGUCUUUAAGAAAGGCCUCAUGUUUGCCAGCUGCGCCAAGGAUCGUACAGUCAGAAUAUGGAGGAUGAAUAAAACCACUGGAAAGGUGGUCUGCGUAGCCAUGGGCGGAGGUCACACCAAUGGUGUGGGGGCGAUAGCAUUCUCCAGAUUGAAGGGAUCCUUUGUUGUGAGCGGCAGCCAAGAUUGCACAUUAAAGGUCUGGACGCUUCCGGAGUCCAUCUUCAAACCAUCGAAAGACCAGACACCCGCACUAGAAAGCUUGUACGCAAGCGUGACGGAGAAAGGGCAUGAUAAGGAUGUUAACAGCGUUGCGGUAUCUCCCAACGACAAGCUGAUCGUCUCGGGGUCUCAGGACAAAACGGCCAAGCUCUGGUCCUCAGCUGACCUCUCGCUCGUGGGCGUCCUGCGUGGACACAAGCGGGGAGUCUGGUGUGUGCAGUUCUCCCCCGUGGACCAAGUUGUAGCCACUUCGUCUGCAGAUGGAACCCUCAAGCUGUGGGGUCUUCAGGAGUUCAAUUGCUUAAAGACAUUUGAGGGUCACGACGCCUCUGUACUGAAGGUUAUAUUUGUGAGUCGGGGCACCCAGCUACUGACCAGUGGUUCCGAUGGCCUGCUGAAGCUCUGGACCAUUAAAACCAACGAGUGCAUCAAGACGCUGGACGGUCACGAGGAUAAAGUCUGGGGGCUUCACGGCAACAAACUGGACAACGGCGUGGUCACCGGAUCGGCAGACUCCAGCAUUGUUCUAUGGAAGGAUGUCACCGAGGUGGAGUUGGCAGAGGAGCAGGCAAAGCAGGAGAAUGAGAUCUUGGAACAGCAAGAACUGUCCAACCUUCUACACGAGAAGAUGUUCCUCAAGGCUCUGGGUCUUGCAAUCUCCUUAGACCAGCCUCAUACUGUUCUCCGAGUCAUAAAAGCCAUCCUGAAGGAACCCCAAGGGAAAGACGACCUGGAAAAAAAUAUUCUGAGAUUACGACAAGACCAAAAAGAGUCCAUCCUGAGAUACUGCAGUGUCUGGAACACCAACUCGCGUAACUGUCGCGAGGCCCAGUGUGUGCUGAACAUCCUGCUGUUGCAUGAGACUCCGGAGAGCUUGCUUCAGUACAGCGGCAUCAGGGGCAACGUCGAGGCGCUCAUACCCUACACAGAGCGUCACAUGCAGAGGAUGGGGAAGUUACUGCAGGCUGCCAUGUUUGUGGACUUCAUGUGGCAGCACAUGAGACUGACCGAUCUGCCUCUGGAGAAGGACAGCGUGCCCGUCCCCAUUCCUAGCCUUACCCUGUCGGUUGGAGAAAAUGGCAAGGAUUGAAGCCACGAUCAGCCGGUCACCAGAGACUACAGUCAUUCAUGGGGGGCUUGUAUGGGGUUCACCGAAUGCCCCAGGACCUGGAGGAUUCAUAUCCUCAUCCUCGGAUGGUUUCUGGACCAGUUUUCACCAGGACACUUGAUGAUCCAGUUUUAUUGGUUUCAUUCUUGGAUCCUUUGUAGGAGUUGCUUUCUGCUUCUUACACCCAUUAAAGGGGUUCUCCGUGAUUUACAUGUUGAUGACCUAUCCCCAGGUAAAGACAUAAAUAUGAGAUUGGUGGGGGUCUGACUCCCGACACCCUUGCUGUAGGACGAGGCCGUGGUGCUCCAGUGAGCGCUUAGGCCUCUUCCUAAACCAUGUGAUGUCACAUUCAUUGAUCACAUGGCCUAGGUGCAGCUCAUCUCCAUUCACUGAGCUGCGAUACCAAGCACAGCCACUAUACAAUGUACGGCGCUGUGCUUGAUAAGCUGCGCGGAGGCCGCCACACUCAUGGGAGUGCUGUGGCUUCCUCCAGUAGAUGAUCGGUGGGGGAGGCUGGGAGUCGGGCCCUCACCAAUCUUGUGUUGAUCAUCUUUCCUGUAGAUAGGUCAUCAAUAUGUAAAUCUUGGAGAACUCCUUUUAAAGGGGUUUUCCAGAGAAACAAAAAUAGGGGUCAGUGUGGCAUAAAAAAAAAAAUACUGCCACCCUGUCGAGAUAGGAGCCAUAAGUAGAGAGCAGCGGGGAUGGAGCAGUGGUGUUAUUAAUUCCCGCUACCACAAGUGUUUUCCUGGAAAA